AGCUGAAGAUGCAAAGCGAAGAGGUGGAGUGGACGGUGAUGGGCUGAACCGGAUCGAUUUCGAUGGCGAACAGAAGUGCAGACGAGAUGUCGGCAAACAACGACGACCCAUCUCGGGCUCAGGCUCAGGCUCAUCCCGACGCAUUUCACGUGUCCGGACCUCGCCAUCUCGCUUCACCCAACUGGAGGCACCUCAUCAGCUCCAACUGGAAGGAUGGGAACUACAGAAGAACUGCCAUGGCUUGCUUCAUACAGGCGGUGUACCUCCUGGAAUUAGACAGACAAGAGAACCGGUUAGAAGAAAAUGCUCUAGCUCCAAAUUGGUGGUUGCCAUUCAAAUACAAGCUAGUUCAAACCCUUAUCGAUGAGCGGGAUGGAUCCAUUUUUGGGGCACUGCUAGAAUGGGACAGAUCUGCAGCGCUAGCAGAUUUUAUACUCAUGCGACCGAGUGGAGUGCCAAAAGCAGUUCUGGCACUCAGGGGGACAUUACUCAAGAGCCCUACAAUUCGUAGGGAUGUCGAGGAUGACCUCCGGUUCCUAGCUUGGGAAAGCUUGAAAGGUUCUGUAAGGUAUACAAUAGCACUGGAGACGUUAAAAUCAGUCGCCGCAAAGUAUGGAAGCAAAAAUGUUUGUGUUGCAGGGCAUUCUCUAGGAGCAGGGUUCGCUCUUCAGGUAGGGAAAGCAUUGGCUAAAGAGGGCAUUUACGUGGAUGCACAUUUAUUCAACCCUCCUUCUCUUUCGCUGGCUAUGAGCCUAAGAAAUAUUGGAGAGAAAGCUGGGGAUUCCUGGAAGAAGUGCAGAUCUAUGUUCACUUCGAAUGACGAAAAUCAGGCAAUUGACGCUGCAGAAGAGAGGAAUCCUUUUUUAGGAUUGAACAAUUGGGUUUCAUACUUUCACAGGAACAAGAAUUCUAGCACAGGGAUGCAAAAAUGGGUACCUCACCUGUAUGUGAACGAUAGUGACUACAUUUGCUGCUAUUAUACUGAUCGCGACAAGGAUGCCAGGAAAGAAGAUCCGGCACCUGAGAAUGGUCAUGUAGCAGCAAAGCUGUUUGUGAUGUCCAAGGGAAAACAAAAUCUUUAUGAAGCCCAUGGACUAGAGCAGUGGUGGUCCAAUGAUUUGGAUCUCCAGCUAUCUCUGCAUAAUAGCAGGCUCAUAAGCAGACAGUUGAGGAGUUUAUACCACCUUCCAGCCCCGCAAAAUCCACAGAGGAAGCCCCAAUGGCAUACAGAAGGAUUGCGGUUGCUUUCUCUUUGUCGAAAACUCUUUCGCUAGGGGGACCUGUUAUGCUAGGAUUGUGGUUGAUGUCUGUAUACUUCAAGAAUUGUUCAAAAUAAACCCAAUGUGACACUUUCCAUCUUCUAAUUUAAUUAUGCAAUUGUCUGUCAUCUCAACUUUUGCCAGAGUCUAA